AUGACUGAGAUGAAAACUGAGCCAAUUAAAAAGUACUGCAAAGGUAUACCUACGCUUUCACGAUUAGCAGAGAAAUUCGUUUUUCAGGAAGAUGACUUUCAUAAUCGCAGUAAUGAUAUGAUGACUGUCCUGCAGCACUGUUUGGAUACACUUGAAGCAUAUCGGGACGUGUACAAGAAACUGAAAAUGGAACGUGACGGUUUGACAGAAAGUGAACUGUUUGAAAUUUAUGAGGCAGCUUACAUCUAUUACAAAAUUGUUCACAUCAACAUACUCAACAAACUACCCAAUCUUCAGGAAUUUCAGACGGUUAAAAGACAGAGCAAUUCGAAUGAUCAGAAAUUAAUGGAAAUCUAUAAUAUGCUAGUUAAGAGUUUACUGAAUGAUGAUAAAAUUGCCCAGAUCAAGCAUUUCCUGAGGGAACAUUGUGGACCAGAAAGCUCAGGUGCAGCUACAAUCGACAAUGGAAUUGAGAAAGACUCAAAAACGUUUGAUUCCGGUACUUUUAUAUCGGUUGACCAAUUAAAACAUUUAUUAUUUCACUACAAUGACUCUACAUUACUCCUGGAUAUACGGCCCAGAGCGGAGUUCAAUAAAAAGCAUAUUAAUUUCAAAAACAUAGUCUGCAUAGAGCCAAUUUCUUUCAAAAGUGACUAUACAGAUAUAGAUGUGGAGAAGAGAUCCCUAAUCACUUCACCGCAGAAAGAAAUAGAUCUUUUUCGGAACAGAACUGAUUUUGAAUUCAUUGUUCUUUAUACAAGCGAGCCUGAUGAGAGGAACAAAUCAAAUCACAACUACCAACAGGAAAUGGUACUUUUGGAUCUAUUUAUGAACAGAUCCUUUGGCAAGCCCUUGAGAGCAGAUUCAAAAAUAUUCGUUCUGAAAGCUGGAAUUUCAAAUUGGAUAUCUAAUAAUGGAGAUUGUAUCACUGAGAUUGAUGACAAAUCUGGCGAUCAGCUAUAUCUAAAUGGAAGAAAUUCCACGCUGCGCUUCCAAAGUCUGCCAGACCAUUCUCCUAGUAUCAGCGCGUCGAUGGAUGGAUCAAUGAAGGAAAUGUUAUCUGAAUCGCCUAAUAAUGGAUUCAGUGCCUUUCAGAGACAUCAACAGCAACCGCCGCCAGCAGGCUUUAAAAACAUGUUUUCAUCCUCACUCACAAGUUUAUCAUCCAAACUUCCCUGCAAAACAUCUAUCAUAGAUCAUUCCUCAGGAAGUGAUAGCGAUGUGUUUACUCAUUAUCCAGAGACUCCCCAUCUACUAGCAGAAGAGAAGGGUAAAAAAAGAAUCGUCAAUCAUGGGCACAUAUCACCAAUAAGCUCAAGGGCUUUGACUUCAAUCAGUAAACAUAGCAUUUCUGCUCAACCCCCAAGAAUUUAUACGAAUAACAAGGGAUUUUUAAAUCAAAAUACUUCUCUCACUAGCUCAGCAACUAUUUCUAAGCCACCAACUCAACCUAUUCCCUUACUACCUCAGUUGCCUAUGCAGGACUCCUCGAAGUCACAUACCACACAGCAUACAGAAAAAUAUGAUCUCGAUUUUACUGUAGGUUUAGAAAACAUGGGAAAUUCAUGUUACAUCAGUUGCAUUGUACAAUGUUUAUUGGGAACUCAUGAGUUGACAAAUAUUUUCUUGAAUAACUCCUACGAGAAGCACAUAAAUCUGAACAGCAGAUUGGGGUCCAAAGGUGUGCUGGCUAAAUUCUUUGCCAGACUAAUUCACACAAUGCAUCAACAGGGUGCUUUCAAACUUAAAGAAAAGGGCAAAGCAGUCAAACCGAUACAAUUUAAAAUGGCGUGUGGUUCAAUCAAUUCCUUGUUUAAGGGGUCAGGUCAACAAGAUUGUCAAGAGUUUUGUCAGUUCUUGCUUGAUGGCUUACAUGAGGAUUUAAAUCAAUGUGGCAACAAUCCGCCUUUAAAAGAACUGUCUCCUGAUGCUGAGAAAAUGCGCGAACGUCUAUCGAUGCGAAUAGCAUCAUCCAUCGAAUGGGAAAGGUUUUUAACUACCGAUUUCAGUGUAAUAGUCGAUUUGUUUCAAGGGCAAUAUGCAUCUCAGUUGUGCUGCAAAGUGUGUGGACUCACAUCUACGACAUACCAACCUUUCACGGUACUCUCUGUUCCAGUGCCACAUGUAAAGUCAUGUACAAUAGAAGACUGCUUCAAUGAGUUUACAAAAACUGAAGAAUUAGAAACAGAUGAGCAAUGGUCCUGUUCUACUUGUAAGAAAAAACAGCCAUCUACAAAAAAACUAACCAUAACGCGAUUACCAAGAAAUCUGGUCAUUCAUCUUAAGAGAUUUGAUAAUAUGUUGAACAAGAACAACGUUUUUGUUGAAUAUCCAUUUCUUCUAGAUCUCACCUCGUAUUGGGCUAGCGAUUUUGAUGGAAGAUUACCACCAGGUGUCACCGAUGAGCUGCCUACAAGGGGUCAAAUCCCUCCAUUUACCUACAAGCUUUAUGCUGUUGCAUCGCAUUCCGGCAGUCUUUACGGUGGCCAUUAUACGGCGUAUGUUGACAAAGGAAUCAAUAGAGGAUGGUAUUACUUUGAUGACACAAAUUGCAGACCAGUGAGAACCAAAACCGAAUGCAUCACUUCAAAUGCUUAUGUAUUAUUUUAUCAUAGAGUGUAUGGUAUUUGA